ACGUAUGCAGGAAUUAAACAGUUUCAUACAGAGCAUCACAAAGUUUAUAUGUACAGUAGUCCUAAACCAAGAUUAAGAAUGGCCGACAUAGGGUGCAGAGUAUGUUUCGUCUUCAUUGCUAUUGCUCUAUUGCCUACUGUUUCAAGCUACUGUUUCAAACAAUAUAUAAAAAAGGGCCCUGGUGUUUUCAAAUGCAAUACAAAAGUCAACAACUUCCCCGGCGGUAACCUUGCGUAUUGCUGCUCACUUGAAGGAUCUGUUGGAUUCUCUAAAAACAAGAGAGGACAAAAGUGUGUGAUAUGUGAAGACGAGCUGCCGUUGGAAGACCUUCCACCAGUGUGGUCAGAAUGGAGUGACUGGUCAGUUUGCACUCGAACUUGCGAUGAGGGAAUUCGCUUGCGGACAAGAAUAUGCGAACGGGGAGAAUGCAAAGGUCGAAUUAAUGAAAACGAGCCGUGUAUUAUUGUUCAGGAAUGUCCAAUUGAUGGAAAUUGGGCUAAAUGGUCAGCCUGGACAAGCUGUUCGAAGACGUGUAGUGAAGGUAUUCGAUCUAGAACUCGUCGAUGUGACGAUCCAGUGCCAAUGUAUGGCGGACAGACGUGUUUGCAAGUUGGAGGAGAUGCUAUCGAGGAGGGAAAAUGUGUUGAAGUGAAAAAUUGCCCAGUUGAUGGAAUGUGGGGACAGUGGCGCGCGUUUUCUGCCUGCUCAGAAACAUGUGGUGAUGACGCUGUGCGGACCCGUCAAAGAGAGUGUGAUAGUCCAUCAGCGCAGUUCGGUGGCAAACCAUGUUCCGGCGAAGCUGAAGAAACGAAAAAUUGUGGUCUAGGUCCAUGCCCAAUCGACGGUCAAUGGAGUAAUUGGGGACGUUGGUCCGGUUGCAGUAAGACUUGUGGUGAUGGUACAAAUGUGCGGACACGAAGAUGCAAUAAUCCGAAACCUCAAUACAAUGGCCAAUCUUGUACUGGAGAUCCUAGAGAGAAGAAAACCUGCCAUUCGGGUAUAGAAUGUAUUGGAGUUGCCUAUUGGAGUAGUUGGUCAGACUGGUCGCCUUGUUCUGAGUGUCUCCUAUACAAACGACAACAGCGUAAUCGUCAGUGUGUUAUCCCAAAAGGAGCUACAGCUUACAAUUGCAAAGGUUUCUCGGUUGAAUAUCACAAAUGUACGUCUUCAAUGGAUUGCAUGGCUCCAGAUGAUGAUUCUGACAAAUUCAGUGGAAGCGGUAGCGGUAACAUCUGUAUUGGGGAAAACUGUUGCGAUGAUGUAGAUGGAUGCUCUAGCGGAUCGGUUUCAUUUUCCUCCAGCGAAGUAGAUAUGACUGUAGGCCCACUACCAACGAAAUGCCUACCUGCCAAAGAUGAUGACAGUAUUAGUGAUGUAAUAAGCAGCAAAGAUGAUGACAGUGUUAGUGUAAUAAGCAGCAGCAACGACAACACAAAUGGCGAUGAAAGAAAAGAAAAAUUUAUAUGGAUUGACUGUUCAAUAAACGUAGCAACUCCAAGUCCUCCUACUAUUGACUGCGAUUCUUCGAGCGGCGAUUGCAUUUACAGAAUUCUUAAUCCACCGGAAGUGGAAGAAGAUAGCGUCUCUGAUUAUGAUGUUGAGAGCGUGCCUGACUCCGAUAGUGGAGGAAAGGUUGGAGGCAAUAACAUUAAAAGUGAAGAUUAUGGACCCUCAUUAAAAGAAGACAGGAGUAGUUCUAGUAGUAAUGGUGGCGGGAACAAUAACGGCGGUGGAGGUGGUGGGAACAAUAACGGCGGUGGCGGUGGCGGCGGUGGUGGUAAUUCUUUCUCCUCAUCUGGCAGCACUUAAUUAAAAUAGAUAAAUAAAUAAAUAAAUCACUUUAAAUGUUAAUUACAAACAAACAUCUAACAGACCAACACACAGUAACAGUAUAUGGACAGCAUUAUAUACUCAUCAUAAUAAGCGUUUCGUCGUCUGAACUUCGCAUGCACUAUAUCAAGUCAAUCGAUAUAAACAAAAAUACAUAACAUACACACAACAUAGGCUUAUGUCGAUUGACAAAGAGCAGAGCUACUUUUAAAUUGAAGGCACAACAAAUUCCUGCUCAACAUCUAAAGCUUCAAUGUUAUACAUUUGUACAGCGCUAAACACAGGGUCUCUUAGCGCAAAACAAGUGAACAGAUGUAUGUACAGGUAAUUGGAAAAAGAAUCUAUAAGAAACUUUACUUAUCCUUCGUUUUGAAUGUCUUGUGUCAAUCAUCCUGUGUAUUUCAUUAACGCUAAAGAAUCUUACUACCUGUACUACUGAGUAAAAGACAAAAUAAACGUUUUCAAUAAAGAAAUAUAUUUUAUGUUCCCUAA